AUGUCGUUCCUCAACUCGCUCCUCCGCGCGACAAACUUCCGCAGCCCGCUGCUGCGCACGCUCGUGCCCAGCGUCGGCGCCGCCUUCGCCAUCCAGGCCGCCUUCGCCGUGCCCUCCAUCCUCGCCCAGUCGGAGCGCUUCUACGACCUCUCCGGCUCCCUGACGCACCUGACCGUCAUCGCGCUGAGCCUGUACCUGCCCGCCCUGCGCGCGCGCGCCGCGGGCGGCGCGCCCCUCCAGCUGCCCAGCCUGCUCGAGCCCUUCACCAACCCCUCGGGCGCGGCGCUGAACUGGCGCCAGGUCGCGCUGAGCGGUGCGGCCGCCAUCUGGACGAUCAGGCUCGGGAGCUACCUCUUCCAGCGCAUCACCCAGCAGGGCAGCGACUCGCGCUUCGACGAGAUCAAAAAGUCCCCGCCCAAGUUCUUCGCCGCCUGGAUGGCGCAGGCGACCUGGGUCUCGCUCGUGCUCAUGCCCGUCGUCGCGCUCAACUCGGUGCCCGCCGCGGCGCUGGCGUCCGCGGGCGCCCUCGUGGGCCUGACCGACGCGCUGGGCCUGGGCCUGUACGCGGGCGGCCUCGGCUUCGAGGUCGUGGCCGACCGGCAGAAGAGCCGGUGGAUGGCCGAGAAGAAGGCCAAGCAGCACGACGAGGAGUUUAUGACCCGGGGCUUGUGGAGCACGAGUCAAUUCCCCAAUUAUUUCGGCGAGUCGACGCUGUGGACCGGCAUCGCGACCCUCGCCGCCGGCGCCCUUGCAAGCAAACCGGCCCAGGCGGCGCUGGGCUUCGGCGGCCUCGGCGGGAGGCUGGGCGUGGCGGCCUUGGCGGCUGUGAGCCCGUUGUUCACGACGUUCCUCCUGCUGAAAGUGAGCGGUGUGCCGUUGAGCGAGAAGAAGUACGACAAGCGAUACGGUGACAGGAAAGACUACCAGCAGUGGAAGAAGAACACGCCGAGGCUUGUCCCUGAGCUUGAACAGUUCAGAGCUUUAUGCAAAGGCCAUGUUGUACUUGGGCUCAUGUUGAAGCUGUUGAAUGCUGACGUCUGGGAUUUCCUCGAUCUCUCUGGUCUUGUUUACAGACAAGGUGUGGACACUGGGUUUGACAAUCAUGAGGAUAUGAGAACGAACAAGACUGUCAAAAUAGCCCCAAUGAGCCUUUUGCGCGCUUAG